AUGUCCGCCGAACUCUUGUCGGGUGCAGACCCGUUAUCACCGCGGAACGGAUGGGUGAACAAACUAACGUCACGCUUUCACAAUCGAAAGAGAAAUAUCUCGGAAUUCUAUGUCCAACCGGACGACCCUUGGAGGGCGUAUUUUCCGGGUGAUAUUAUUAAAGGCACCGUAAUUCUUACAGUCAUCAAACCGGUCCGGAUAACCCACCUUGUUGUAUGUCUACACGGCUAUGUGAAAGUGUUCAAGGCGACUGUUUCUCCCGGAGAGAUUGGUCCAGAUAUUGGCUUCGUGGGUCCUGGUCGUGGAAGAAGAGCUGGAGAGUAUAUGGGAAAUGGCCUCGCAACCCUGUUUGAAGAUGAGUUGAUUCUUUGCGGGGACGGGCGCCUCAAGGAAGGAAUCUAUAAGUUCAAGUUUGAAUUACAGCUUCCUCCAUACAAGCUCCCGAGCAGUCUAAAUUUUGAGCGUGGUACCAUUUCGUACACUAUUACGGCGACUUUGACUCGCCCAAUCACAAUCAGUCCUACCAUAUCCUGUCAUCGUCGAAUUACUGUUCUCGAAGAUAUUGAUAUUGCAAAUUUCCCCGCACCAAAACCCCGAGUUGUAUCGCUCGAGCCUGUUUCGAAGAAGUCAAAGGCUCGAAUCAAGCAGAAGACCGCGAUUGGCGAUCAAAUCCAGGAACCAACUUUAUCAACACUUGGAGUGCAGGAGACAUUGCCCCCGUUAAGCCCUGCGCCGAGCGAAAUCAGUGGCUCUAGUCGUCGAAGUACAAGCAGCCAAAGUUUCCGCAUUGUUCACAACCCGCACCGGACAGCUAGCAUACGGAGCAGCGAAGCUCGCAGUAUAUCCACAUCUCUAGCAGAGAAAACCAUCACUGCCACAGCUGAAUUACAGAGAUCUGGUGCAUUGCCUGGCGAUACUAUUCCCAUCCGAGUUAUAAUCAAUCAUAAUCGUCAAAUUCGAAGUCCUCACGGUAUUAUCAUAACUCUAUAUCGACAAGGUCGUAUUGACGUCCACCCUGCUAUACCACUUGGACCUUCGGAUGCUGAAGGCAAAAAGGUAUACGAGGAUUUCAUACCGAAGUCGAGAACUGGCCUAAGUGGACUUUCUCUUGGAACGAGUAGGAGUAACAGCGUUUUUCGCAAGGAUCUUUUUCAGACAUUUGCCCCGGUGAUUAUUGACCCUGUCACAAUGAGCGCAACGGUCAAAACUUCAAUUCGAAUACCCGAAGAUGCAUUCCCCACAAUCACCCGUGUUCCAGGAGCAAUGAUCAGCUUCAGAUACUAUGUCGAGACAGUUAUUGAUCUUCGUGGAAAGUUGACAGCUCAGGAUCGGUUUCUGCCAUGGUUGAACAUGGGUUCUGGAGGAAAUUUUUCUCCCGGCGGCAAUGCCAUCAAUGUCCCAGGUCACCAGACUGGCGGAUCAGCAGCCCCAAACUGGUCCAGCAAUAUUUUAGAUACUGACGCUAUUCGACGUGAAAAGGGAGUAGUAGCUAUGAUGUUUGAGGUUGUGGUUGGAACAAGGGAUUCAAGUCGAAAGCUGCGGCAGAACACGGACGAAACCCUAUCAGUUAUCCCCGAUGGUACUAAUACAUUACAUCCAGCCGUUCAUGGCAUGGAUCACGAUGUUGAUUAUGGUGACGGGUAUAUAAACGGCGACGGUCAUUACGAUGAAGGCGACUACUAUGCAGAAGACGGAUAUUAUGACUACGAAGAAGAAGCGACUUACUGGCCUGAUCACCCCCCAGCAGAGGAUCAGCAUUACGGCCCACCGGAGGAGCGUGUGCACCAGCCCGACAUGCGCGAACCAGACGACGAGAAAACGCGGCUGCGGCAAGCUGAAGCGAUGUUGCUACCUAGUCGGCCACCUGGAGAAUCAAGCUCUGCACCUCAUGCUAGGAUUUCUGUGCCCACAGCACCUGAUAUCCCUGAGGAUGAUCAUGCCUUCGAUCAUGGCGCUUUUCCUGACAUUCAGCUUGAAACUACAGCGCCGUCAUCUGCUAUAUCUGUCGAUACCGUCAUCCCGGGGCCUAGUCGAAAUCGCUCAUUAGGCAGCCCUGAUUGUGAGCAUUCAGACGACAAACAUGAGCUUGAGAGGCGUCGAUUAAUGGAAGAAGCGAGCGCCCCCUCAUCUACUCAGGAUGGUAGCAGUCUAACCCCCCCAGGGCCCAACAUAAUACCUACGGCGCCAAUAUUAGAGGAAGAUGAAUUUAGCAACUUACAUGCGGAGACUGGCGAGUCUCUCCCUUCCUAUCAGCGCUAAAGCGGGCGUUCGCAUUGUAUAUGCCGGGAAAGAUUCUUGAACGAAGAAAGGAUGCUCGUGCUCUUCGCAUAUCGCGUUUGAAAAAUAAUUUUUUGUAUUAUGACGAUACCACUGCCGUUUGACAUCUUAUUUUAUACUUCAGGUUUUCGGCGUUGUUGAAGAUUUUAUAUGGUGAAAUAUAGCCCAUAUUUUAGACUUGGGCAUUUGCAUUGUGUUUUAAUGCAUCGGGACUGGAGUCGCUUAUUCAUGUUUGUUUCAUGCUUGUACAGAUGCAA